AUGUGGAAACAACUUGACUGUUGUCCUGUUCUGGCCAUCAACCUGUUGGCAAGAAGUGUGAUCUUGCUGUGCGGCACAAAGACGGACGGGGGAUCUAACGAUAGGUCGCGCGGAUCUGGGCGGAACAAGCUGGCUUUCUGGGCGAUACCGGGAGGCGAUCCGGGCGGCAACUGCCGCGCUGAUCUGGGCGGGGAUGGCCGGAUUACUGUCGGCAACAGGCGGCGAUCUGCGCGGCAACAGAAGGCGUUCGGUGCGGCGGGUCGGAACCAGACGAGGAAACCGGCCGGCCUCUUGAAGACACAUCCAGACGAGGAGACCGGGAAAGAAGCUGAGGACCUCCCGGAGUUCAACGCUGGUCUCUUAAAGGCUGACCUGGACGAGGAGACCGGCAAGGAGGCCGAGGACCUCCCGGAGUUCAACGUGUCGUACAAGCCGCAGAAGAUCUCCCCCAAGCUCCCCCACAGCGUGCGCGCGCUGCUGCACUCCAAGAUCCGCGACUCGUUCCACCACCCGCGGUUCAACACCGACGUGCUGCGCCCCAUGCAGAUCGACCCGCUCCUGGACCAGGAGGUCGUGAAUUUGUCUGGUGGGGAGCUGCAGCACGUGGCUAUUACCCUUUGUCUGGGAAACAUCGACCCCCUGCUCCACCAGGAGGUGGUGAAAAUCUCAGGAGGGGAGCUGCAGCGCGUGGCCAUCACGCUGUGCCUUGGCAAGGUAAGGAAGGGGUGCAUCAAGUCCCUCUUGGGAUUUUAA